UCUGCGAUUGUGCUAUAGUAGUUUUAUUGUCUUUUCUGGUUAGUUUUAGAGGGGUUCCCCAUUCAGAAGAAGUCACGAGUGUCGAUUUAGUAGAUCAGUGAAAAAGGUUUUGUCAGGAAUUUCACAACGAACAUAUGAUCAGAGGAAACAAUAAUGAAUUCUCUACUUGUGCUUGGGUCGAUCCUCUGUUUUGUUUCUCUCUCUGAUACAAGGAAUAUCAAAAUGGGGGUCUUUCUUCCUUUCACUGGUAGUUGGCCUGCUGGUUCCAAGAUGGCAUCAGCAAUCCUGAUUGCCAUGGACAAAGUAAACAAUGAUCCUUAUUGGCUUCAAGGACAUAACCUGACCUUUGUACUUAAACACAGCAAAUGUGACGCAGGAACAUCUCUUGGAAUUGUGGUGGACUACUACACAGUAGAAAACCCUAAAAUUGAUGUCUACAUUGGCCCUGGAUGUUCAGUGGGAUGUGUCCCUGGUGCCUAUAUAGCAGCUCACUGGAAUAUUCCUAUGAUAUCUUGGGGAUGCGCAGCUUCAGCAUUAUCAGACAAAACUUUGUAUCCUUACUUUGUACGGACAGCUGGCACAUACAUUGGUAUGGGAAACCUCCUAAAGAGCAUCUUAGCACAUUACAAUUGGGAUCGCAUAGGCUUCAUGUCUUCAACAGAAACAGUUUUUUCAGAGAUUGCGAAUGCAGCAAAGGUCACCCUGGAGCAAGAUGGCAAAUAUUCAGUGCCCUUUUUUGGGAGCUUUGUCCCUGCAGCAGCUGACAUCGUCAAACUAAAAUCCAUGGUUAAGUCAAUGGUAACCAAGGCACAUGUUUUCUUGUUACUUUGCUAUGGUGAUGUCUUUAGAAGUCUGAUGCUUAUCCUCAGUGAGCUGGGCUUGUUGAAUGGGGAUUACGUGGUAGUUAGCAUGGAGACACUUUAUGCUUCAUGCCAGGCUGGUGAUGACAGAGAUGACGAGGCUUGCAAAGCUUUUGAAGGAAUCAUUGAUAUUAGUCAGUAUAUUCCAGAUUCACAGGAUUACGCAGAUUUUACAACUGGUGUUUACAACAGGAUGCCUGAAAUGAACUACACAAUCAAUGCACCUAAUGAAACUAACAUUUAUGCUGCUUACCUUCAUGAUGCCAUUCUUCUAUAUGCAUAUGCCCUCAAUGAAACUUUGGCGGAGGGUGUGGCCAUAACCGAAGGGGCAAAUUUGUCUAAGUCAAUGAUGGGAAGGCAAUUCGUUGGUGUAUCAGGUCCAGUUGGUAUUGAUGAAAAGGGAGACAGAGUUGCCUCCUACAGUCUGCAAUCAUUUCUACCUGGCAUGUCAAUUGUAAGGAUUGCUAAUUUUUUUGGCACAACUGGAGAACUUCAGCUUUUGAAUAAAACAGUCAUGUGGCCUGGUGGCACCACUAAGGUUCCUCUUGGAAGGCCACCAUGUGGUUUUGACAAUGAAUUUUGCCAACAGGCUGCAAAAGAGGAGGAUCCUUCUUGGCCAUACAUCCUGGCAGGAUCUCUUGCCUUUGUUUUGGUUGUUUUAAUUCUGGUGGGAUUCUUUUUGUGGCAAAGGAAACAAGCUUUUGAAGCAUCUCUGUUGGCUCAAACGUGGAAAGUAAAAUAUGAUGAUAUAAAAUGGCCAAAGAACAAAGGAAAGCUAGGAAGUAGAAAGAGCAUGCAAAGUAUGGCAGGAAGUGACCAGGGCGAUGCAUUAGAUGAUAUUAGAGGACAAAUAUUCGCUGUUCUUGGAAUUUAUGAGGGUAAUUCAGUGGCAGUCAAAAAAUUACACAAGGCAAAAGUUGCUCUGGAACGUGAAGUGAUGUUGGAACUAAAAGAGAUGAAAGAUAUCAACCAUCAAAAUGUCAACACAUUCAUUGGUGCUUGUAUUGAUCCCGGAAACAUUUGCAUCAUAACUCAAUACUGUAACAAAGGAAGUCUCCAGGAUGUGUUGCAUAAUGACACCUUGAAGUUGGAUUGGAUGUUUCAGAUGUCAAUUUCAUGUGACAUUGCAAAGGGCAUGCACUUCCUGCAGAAUAGUCCAGUUCAGGUACAUGGCAACUUAAAGUCGUCAAAUGUGCUGAUUGACAGCCGCUGGACAUGCAAACUAACCGACCAUGGGUUGUUUCUCUUCAAAGAAGGACAGGAGAUUGACUUGGAAGCUGGUGCAGAUACCAAGUAUUAUGAAAAUCUUUGGACUGCACCAGAACACAUCUUCAACACCGAGUAUCCUCGUUCUCAACCUGGAGAUGCGUACAGCUAUGGAAUCAUCCUUUCUGAAAUUGCCACUCGGGGUUUACCUUUCAGCAUGUAUGAGGACUUGUCAGCUCAGGCUGUUGUUGAGCGUGUUAAAAAAGGAGAGACCCCAGCCUUCCGCCCACGUAUCACCAAGGACACUGUAGGACAUACACUCUAUGUUGACAUGAUGAAAAUGUGCUGGGAUCAAGACCCACUUGCCAGACCAAAGUUUUCAGAUUGCAUUAAAUAUCUUAAGCAGAUGAACAAAGGAAAGGACUUCAACAUUAUGGAUACAAUGAUCACCAUGAUGGAAAAGUACACAGAUCACUUGGAAGACAUUGUCGCUGAGCGAACAGCUGAGCUUGCAGCUGAGAAAGCGAAGACUGACGAGCUUUUGUACAGAAUGCUUCCAAAGUCUGUGGCAGAAGAACUUAAGAGAGGACAGCCUGUUACUGCCGAAACGUUUGAUUGGGCUACACUCUUUUUCAGUGAUAUCGUUGGUUUCACCAAGCUGGCAUCUGAAAGUACUCCUCUACAGAUUGUUGACUUGCUUAACGACCUUUACACUUGCUUUGACGAAAUCAUUGACAUGCAUGAUGUCUACAAGGUUGAAACCAUUGGUGAUGCUUACGUGGUCUCUUCCGGGUUGCCAAACAGGAAUGGAAUCAGACACGCUGGCGAGAUAAGUAACAUGUCCUUAGAUCUGCUGUCAGCAAUGACUACUUUUAAGAUAAGGCAUGUUCCAGGAAAACAGCUACAACUCAGAAUUGGGAUUCAUACAGGUCCUGUGGUUGCCGGAGUUGUCGGUCUUAAAAUGCCACGGUAUUGCCUGUUUGGUGACACGGUCAACUACGCGUCAAGAAUGGAGUCUUCCGGUUUGGCUCUUCGAGUUCACGUGAGUCCUGAAUGCAAAGAAGUUCUUGAUAAACUUGGUGGAUACGUGCUAGAAGAAAGAGGAUUCGUGGAAAUGAAGGGCAAGGGGAGCAUCCUUACUUAUUUCCUAAAAACAAGAGACGGAUUUGACAAACCUCUUCCAGAUCUCACCAUGGCGGCUGGCAUGGAAGAGCACUCUUUUAAGUAGAUGCAUGUCAUGCAAACUUUUUUUCCCCUCAUCUCCCUUACAGUCAUUUUAUCGACAAUAUGAACAUUUGUUUGGAAGACUUUGUUUUUUUUUUUAAUCCUGCCAGGUUCGUCGCUGGCUCAUCUGUCUCUUCACUGUAGUUUAUCUCCGUCUCAGUUUCUUGAUUUUAAACUGUUCUACUAAAUAGGAAGACUCUUAACGUACUUACUGUGUACAGAAUUUACUGUUGAAACCCCAAUGUCAUGAAAUGUAAUUUUUCUGUAAGACUAUCGGGAAAAAGGUAUAAACGAGGUCUUACAAGGAUCAUCAAUCCCGUUUUUAAUUUUCUAUUCUUGGUUUCUCCCAUUAAUCAGAUCAGUUUUUUUCAGAGAUUUAUUCACAGAUUAAAGGAAAUUUUAUGGUCCCUGGAUCGUACCCCGCAGAAAUCUUUCCGGCAAACAAACUAUGAUUGAAAUAGGACUAAUGAAGCGCAUUUCUAAACCAUGGCAGCAGAUCUUUAAGUCUGCUUUUCAGUUACAGUCGAAACUAACCUAAUGGAUUGAUCACGAAAAUGUGCCAAAGCUCGAGAUGCAGUGCAGCGAUUCAUUAAAAAAAAAUUGCCUUAACUGUUGGCUGUAUGAGAAUUCUCCAACUUGAAAGCUUUGUUUCUUUUUCGCUGAUCAAUUUGGAAGUUGUUGAAUCAAAUUUUUUUUCUUGUUUACUUCUCCUUGUUCUGUUUCUUCGUAUGUUUGCUUUUCAUCCGAGUCGUUUUUCUUCAGUUCUGUGCAAUUUUCACGGUGUUUAUCAAAGAGUCAGGAAGUAGCCCAGAACGAUCUAGUCACAAAUUCCAUUUCGAGAAUUGAACAAAAAUAAAAUAUUUUAGCAGUGCCUACAUUGGGCAUAUUUCGGGAAUCUCCAUGACUUGUUUCUGAACGUGAGUAACUUAAAAAGUUCAAACAACUUAGAGUUAAAUCAAAGUAUUUUAGAUAAUUAAUGCAUUCGUUUCCCUUGCAUUUUGUGAAUUUUUCUCCAUUUUUGACAGAAGAAUUUUUAAUGAAAUUGAGCUAUUCAAAACGUUAUUUUGAAGAUUAUAAAAAAAAUUUAAAAUUUAAUAAACAUUGAAUU